CCAACUCUCUCUCUCUCUUUCUCAUUUCCGUCACCAAUGAACAAAACAAAGAAGCUGGUAGCUUCAAUCUCCAAGCUUUUACGAAGACGAACCUGUUAUCCUUCAACUUUCCGAUGCAAUCCACUCGCAACGAUUGCGUUUAAUCACCUGAGUCGUGAUUCUCUGCAACCUUGUUCAGCUAAACCUCUGGCGAUUUCCGUUAGUGGGCUCCGAUUAUCCGGGAGAGCUUUUUGCUCAAAGAGAAGCUCCGUUUGCUGGAACUGUGGUUUCUCGUCGGAGAAAGCUGCGUUUUUGUUCUGUGAUUCAUGCCGCAGCAUUCAACCUGUUGAUGAUUCCGUCGAUUAUUUUCAGAUUUUUGGCCUGGAGAAUAAAUAUGAGUUAGAUGCUGGAAGCCUUGAAGGGAAAUACAAAGACUGGCAAAAGAAGCUACAUCCGGAUUUAGUUCACAACAAAUCCAAGAAAGAAAGAGAUUAUGCAGCUGAACAGUCUGCAAAGGUGACUGAAGCAUGCCGGACAUUAACCAAGCGGCUGUCAAGAGCAAUGUAUAUCGUAAGAUGAAGCUGAAUGGCAUUAAUAUCAAUGAAGAAGAAACACUAACAGAUCCUGAAUUGUUAAUGGAGAUUAUGGAACUCAGAGAGGCCAUAGCAGAAUCGAAAGAUUCAAAUGCGCUAAACCAGAUCCGAUCACAG